CCUUUUUUCCUGUGACAUCCAAGUCCAAAUCAAUUAAUUAAAUUAGCGUGAAAAGUAAAAGCUAGACAAUGAAACGGAAUGAAAGGAAUUUGGCGGGGCAACUGUCGGUCGCUCUCCACGUGUCCAUAGUGAUUUAUUAUCACUCCCUGCAAUCUACUGCUAACACGUUAGCUAUUUGCAGGAAACCAGGCAUUCCCUUUCCCAGUGAGCUCUUUCUCCUAUAAACGACACUGCGUAUCGUGGCUUGGCUUCUCCACUCGGCAACUCCGCUUCCUUCUUCACUCUCUUCCAUUCCCAAAACCCUCUGUUGUGUGUGGUUUCAGCUUCAGGCAGGUUGUGAUCUUCUCCGUCGCGACCUCUGCUAAUUCGUAAUCCUGCGAACAAUGGUCUUUCACAUGGCCAGGAGUUUCCAUCACGCGACGAUUCACAAGAGACGUUAAGCAUGAUACACUUCAUCCACCUCCGUUUUCUCCGGGCAUAACAUGGUAUCUGUUGAGGCUUCACAUUUCUGUACUAGCUCUUCUAUGGCCAAGUUCAGCUCAAGAAACAAAUCCUCUGGCUGUUUUUCCGAUGGUUGCCUCUUCCUCGGUGGAGCAUUUUCCGCUCUUCUCCUGGUUUGGGGUUUCUGGUCAUUCAUAGCCCCAAUCCCUCCUUCAAACGCCAAUUUUGAGUCCGUCGCCACUAAACUGAAAUCAUUCAAAUUCCCAGGAACUGUCUCCGGCGGUACGAAUUGCGCCCCCUCCACUCAUGGCCCCGAUCUCCGAGACGACCCGCCGGAGAAAACGUUCUACGAUGACCCCGAAAUGGGCUACACGAUGGACAAACCGAUGAAGAACUGGGACGAGAAGCGAAAAGAGUGGCUGUCGCGUCACCCGUCGUUCGUCCCCGGAGCGCAGGAGAGGAUCCUCCUCGUGACGGGAUCUCAGCCGUCGCCUUGCCGGAAUCCCAUCGGCGACCACCUACUUCUGAGACUCUUCAAGAACAAAGUGGACUACAGUCGUCUCCACGGCUACGACAUCUUCUACAACGCCGCGCUGCUUCAUCCAAGAAUGAAAUCAUACUGGGCGAAGUACCCAGUGGUGAAGGCAGCCAUGUUGGCCCACCCGGAGGCCGAGUGGAUCUGGUGGGUCGACUCGGACGCGUUGUUCACCGACAUGGACUUCAAACUCCCGCUGCAUCGUUACAAGGAUCACAACCUCAUAGUUCACGGGUGGACCCAUCUAAUACACGAAAAAAGAAGCUGGACGGGCCUGAACGCCGGCGUGUUCUUAAUCAGAAACUGUCAGUGGUCGUUGGACCUCAUGGAGGCGUGGGCCAGCAUGGGCCCACAAACGCCAGAGUACGAACAGUGGGGCAAAACCCUCAGAGCCACCUUCAAGGACAAGGAGUUCCCGGAGUCAGACGAUCAGACGGGCCUCGCUUACUUGAUCGCAGAAGAGAAAGAGAAAUGGGCGGACAAGAUUUAUCUGGAAGCCGAGUAUUACUUCGAGGGUUACUGGGAGGAACUAGCAGAGCAGUACGAGAAUAUUACGGAGCGAUACAGUGAACUGGAGAGGGAGGACGAGAGGCUACGAAGGAGGCACGCCGAGAAGGUGAGUGAGAGUUACGGCGCGGUGAGGGAACCGUACCUAAAGGAGGCAGGGAACGGCAGAGGAAGCUGGCGGAGGCCGUUUAUCACGCACUUCACGGGGUGCCAGCCUUGCAGCGGAAAUUACAAUCAUAGGUAUACGGCAGAUAUGUGUUGGGGCAAAAUGGUGAAGGCUCUGAAUUUUGCUGAUAAUCAGGAUAAUUCUGUUUCCUCAAUCCCUUUCGAUUACCCUGCAGUGCAGGAGAGAACCUGAGUUAGGCAAUUAAUAAAUUACAAGUUAAUUACACUUAUUUAAUGAGAUCCAAUUAUGAAUGACCAAUGCACACUGAGAUUCUGUGUAUAUUUUAUGUUUAUGGCUAUGAUGGGUUAGUGCAUGUGGAAGUGAUUGGUGGGGGGAAGUGAUUAAUUAAUGCAUAAUCGGAUGUCCCCGAAGGGACAAUUAAUUAA